ACCGUACGGACAUAACCUCUCAAUUUAUGAGAAACAUAAAAUUCUAAAUAUUUUCCCUCGUAUCUAAUUAACGAUAUAAUCACAGAGCUACCUUGUCUGUUAUUCUUCUUCUUUGUAUCGAUUGUAUGAAUCAACAUAUCGAUAGUCACUAUUUUAUUUCCUUCACGAUGACCGAGAUUGAUUUCUCAGUUAUAGAUAACACCGGUCAACGUACACGUUGAAGUAUACAAAGGUGAAAAGAUGCAAAAAAAGAUUCACCAAAUCGACCAAAGUUUAGUGUAUUAUUAUGUAACGUCGAACGUCGAUGUACAUUUAACACCUCACGAACCUAAAUUAUUUAUCAGUGCGUUUCCGACAGUCACUGUGCACAAUGAUAAUUUCGAGGUUAAUACGUACGGUUAACAGAAAGUGGUUCGCAGUACGAAAGAAAACUACGCAAAAUGUGCAAUCCGCUAGAGAUGCAAUUGUCCGUGGCGCUAUUAUUGUUGUCUGCGCCAUUUUCAUAAUUUGGUUAUCUGUGUUUCUUUACACGGCUUUUUAUUACACGUACAUGCCCAGUAUGUCAUACGUGCGUCCUGUACAUUUGCAAUUCAAAUCAUGCGACGAACAAAAAGGUAUUUGUAGCUUUCCAUCGGCUCAUGUACAGUUGACUAACAAGCAGCAGCUUCUGAUGAUAGGCCAGCCAUAUAAAGUAAAUUUGCACUUGGAAAUGCCAGAGUCACCUACCAACAAAGAAUUGGGUAUGUUUAUGGUUUGUGCACAGCUGCGGAGUCGUGAUGGAUUUCUUGUGGACCAUUCCUGCAGAUCUGCGAUGUUACAUUACCGUAGUACAUUAUUGCAUACGCUUACAACUCUUACAUUUUCACCUAUGAUGAUUUUUGGCAACGUUGAGGAGAAACAAGAUGUUGUUUUGGAACUGUUUGGUAAUUUUGAGGAAGAUCAGAGUCAUCCAGUAACAAUUAUUUACAUUCAGAUCCAAUCGAGGCAUAUUGAAUUCUAUUCAGCUAGCCUGAUGAUAAAUGCUCACUUGACAGGACUACGUUACUUGAUGUUCCAUUGGCCAAUUCUGUCAGCCAUUGUUGGUAUUGGUACAAAUUUGUUUUUCAUAGCGCUUGUAUGUACUCUUUCGUACUUGCACUUUGUAGUUGACGAGGAAAACACAGAUGAAAAUUUCAGUUAUGAGAAGGGCGAGACUGAGGAUGAGAAGGAUAAUAAGACGGUUAGCGAACUAUCAUCAGAAACGUCGUCACUGCAAGACAGUCCUAUUUCAGAGGAUCUUAAGAGCAAGAAGAAAGGUUUAUUGUCUCAUCCAGCCGAGACUAUCGCGGGUGAACCGAGUUAUAUUGAAGAAAUUUCCUCAUUACUUGCCGAGGCAUCUAGUAGCGAUAAAUAAUUUAAUAUUUAUAAAUGUGAUGGUACGAUGUAAGAAUAUACAUGGCAGAUGAGUAACUAUAAACAAUAAGAGAAUCGACCAAGGGAGAAAAGUCAUUAGAAUGUAUACUUUUGUAAAG